AACUUUUUUUCUCAGUCUCUGACCAGAAGACUGCCCCUCCGGGCAGAAGGAGAGGGCGAGCUCUUAUCUUGUAGAUCGAAGACACUUCUGCCUCCAAAUGUCACCCAGACGUAUGUUUUCAUGACGAUUUGAGUUCUCUGAUUUUAUUGUUACAUUUCUCGUUUUAAAAAAUGCAAAGUGCUUUGGGGGACAUACUGAAAGGUAACUGAAGACAGCAAAGAAAAAACUCCAAUUGUCAUGGCUGAAGAAGAGGGUGAAGUGAGAUGGGAUGGACUGUGCAGUAGAGAUUCAACUACUAGAGAGACAGCACUGGAAAACAUUAGGCAGAUCAUUGUGAGAAAAGCCGAGUGUCUUCGUUUGGUGAAAGAGACACCUUAUCGUCCAGCAGACGGCCUUUCAGAUGCUGUUUCUUUGGAUGGGUUGAAUAAGCUUCUUGCUCAUCUGCUUAUGCUUUCUAAGAGGUGUCCCUUUAAAGAUGUAAGAGAGAAAAGUGAGUUUAUUUUGAAGAGCGUCCAGGAACUUGGAAUUAGAAUUCCUCGACCACUAGGACACGGACCAAGCAGAUUCAUCCCAGAAAAGGAGAUUCUCCAAGUGGGGAGUGAAGACACACAGAUGCAUACUUUAUUUGCAGAUUCUUUUGCUGCUUUGGGUCGUUUGGAUAAUAUUACCUUAGUGAUGGUUUUUCACCCACAAUAUUUAGAAAGUUUCUUAAAAACGCAACACUAUCUACUGCAAAUGGAUGGACCAUUACCCCUACAUUAUCGGCACUACAUUGGAAUAAUGGCUGCAGCAAGACAUCAGUGCUCCUACUUAGUGAAUCUCCAUGUAAACGAUUUCCUUCAUGUUGGUGGAGACCCCAAGUGGCUUAAUGGUUUAGAGAAUGCUCCUCAAAAACUACAGAAUUUAGGAGAACUUAACAAAGUGUUAGCCCAUAGACCUUGGCUUAUUACCAAAGAACAUAUUGAGGGACUUUUAAAAGCUGAAGAGCACAGCUGGUCCCUUGCAGAACUGGUACAUGCAGUAGUUCUACUUACACACUAUCAUUCUCUUGCCUCGUUCACAUUUGGCUGUGGAAUCAGUCCAGAAAUUCAUUGUGAUGGUGGCCACACAUUCAGACCUCCUUCUGUUAGUAACUACUGCAUCUGUGACAUUACAAAUGGCAAUCACAGUGUGGAUGAGAUGCAGGUCAACUCAGCAGGGAAUGUUUCAGUAAGUGAUUCCUUCUUUGAGGUCGAAGCCCUCAUGGAAAAGAUGAAGCAGUUACAGGAAUGUCGAGAUGAAGAAGAGGCAAGUCAGGAAGAGAUGGCUUCACGUUUUGAAAUAGAAAAAAGAGAGAGCAUGUUUGUCUUCUCUUCAGAUGAUGAAGAAGUUACACCAGCAAGAGAUGUAUCUCGUCACUUUGAGGAUACUAGUUAUGGCUAUAAGGAUUUCUCUAGACAUGGAAUGCACGUCCCAACAUUUCGAGUCCAGGACUAUUGUUGGGAAGACCAUGGUUAUUCUUUGGUAAAUCGUCUUUAUCCAGAUGUAGGACAGUUGAUCGAUGAAAAAUUUCACAUUGCUUACAAUCUUACUUAUAAUACAAUGGCAAUGCACAAAGAUGUCGAUACCUCAAUGCUAAGACGCGCUAUUUGGAACUAUAUUCACUGCAUGUUUGGAAUAAGAUAUGAUGACUAUGACUAUGGUGAAAUUAACCAGCUAUUGGAUCGUAGCUUUAAAGUUUAUAUCAAAACUGUUGUUUGCACUCCUGAAAAGGUUACCAAAAGAAUGUAUGAUAGCUUUUGGAGGCAGUUCAAGCACUCUGAGAAGGUUCAUGUUAAUCUGCUUCUUAUAGAAGCUAGGAUGCAAGCAGAACUCCUUUAUGCUCUGAGAGCCAUUACCCGCUAUAUGACCUGAUGCCUUUCCUCCAUUAAAGAAGAUGAACGAUCAGCAGAUAUAGUCCUACAAGGGGAAGGUACUAAGCCCCAGGACCAAUGGUAGAUAAAAGAAUUCAGAAAUCCAUUGUGCCAUGAUUCCUUUAGUUUCUGCUAUUUUACUGUGGAAAUGCCACUGCUGGCACAAGCAGUGAGUGCUUGGCAGCUUCAAGUUUAGAGCUGUGAAGAAGGGCUGCUGUUCACAGUAUUUUGCUUUUUGACAGUACAAGAUGCUGUAUUAACUCUUUUAAUACAGCAAAUAGUAACUCUCAAAAUCCUGUUGCUUUUAUGUUAAAAAA